AUGACCACUGCACAGCCUGCGGUACAAGCUCCGUCCAAACAAGAAGCGGAAUUGUACGAUAUACAGGCGGAUGUGAAGGCAUGGGCUAUCAACACAUUUGUGCAAGUGGCCACACGGAAACAGAAAAAGUUAAAUUUGAAUCAGUUGGACUUACACCUGAUCUGGGACGAUAUUGUGGUCACACAUGGGGAACCGGAGUACAGUGAUAAUCGAGUCUCACCGGUGCCCAAAUCACAUUCACUCUUCUCUACCACAUUUCGUAACAACACGGACACUGAGCAGGAGUACAGUUUUCGUACAGAAAGAUGCACGCGAUCUGUGGCCGAGAUCGAACUCAGUCGAGGAGUGGUCACCUCAAAAGAGUUGGGAUUGAAACUGACGUUUUGUUCAAGUGGUGUACUCCUGACUGGGGAAAUUGGUGUGGGAAUUGCCCGUUUUUUUCCUAAAGCGCUAUGA